AGGGGGGGAAUUAGAGAGAAAAGAUAAAGAUGAAGAAUGACGAGCAGACGCGUUCCUUGUUUGGAAUAUCGCUUACUGAAAGGCCCAGGUGGCAGCAGUUUCUCAUUUGUUCUUCUGGGUUUUUCUUUGGAUAUCUUGUUAAUGGCAUUUGUGAGGAAUAUGUUUACAAUCGACUCCAAUUCAGUUACGGAUGGUACUUCACCUUCGUGCAAGGAUGGGUUUACAUCUUGCUGAUCUAUCUUCAAGGAUUCACCACUAAGCAAAUGGUGAAUCCAUGGAAGACUUAUGUGAAACUCUCUGGUGUACUCAUGGGCUCAAAUGGACUUACUAAAGGUUCUCUGGCUUUUCUCAACUAUCCUGCUCAGCUCAUGUUCAAAUCCACCAAGGUUCUGCCGGUGAUGUUAAUGGGGGCUUUUAUUCCUGGUUUGAGACGGAAAUAUCCACCUCACGAAUAUAUAUCUGCUGUCCUUUUGGUCGUGGGCUUGAUUCUUUUCACUCUAGCAGAUGCCCAAACUUCGCCUAAUUUCAGUGUGAUAGGUGUCCUGAUGGUAUCUGGGGCAUUGAUUAUGGACGCAUUUUUAGGAAAUCUACAAGAAGCUAUCUUCACCAUGAAUCCUGAAACAACACAGACGGAAAUGCUCUUCUGCUCAACGCUGGUCGGCAUGCCUUUCUUGAUUCCACCAAUGCUAUUUACAGGAGAACUAUUUAAGGCUUGGGAUUCAUGUUCACAGCAUCUUUAUGUUUACGGAGUUUUGGUUUUUGAAGCCAUGGCCACCUUUAUUGGGCAAGUCUCCGUCCUGUCCCUCAUUGCUCUGUUUGGUGCCGCCACAACAGCCAUGGUAACGACUGCAAGGAAAGCAGUGACUUUACUCCUAUCGUAUUUGAUUUUCACAAAACCUUUAACCGAGCAACAUGGAACCGGGCUCUUGCUGAUAGCAAUGGGGAUUGUGUUGAAGAUGUUACCUGCAGACAACAAUCCUCCCAAGAGGUCGCCUCCUACCUCAGACACUCAGCCCAAGCAUGAAAAUGCAUCUCAAGGUGAAGAUAAUAGGUUGCAAAUAGGAAAUGAGGAAGAGGAAGAGAAGAGACCUUUUGUUUGAGUUUAGUAAUGGUGGACGUACGGUUUCAUCAUGUAAUCACUUCCGUUUCGGUUGUCACAUGAAAUUUGUAAUAGUUAUGAUCUAAGCUCUUUUCUCUAUCCUAUGAUUGUUACUUCUUAGGUGUUUUGUCCAAUUAUCUCAUUAUGAAAUUCUGUUAGUCUCCAUGAGGUUUCUUUCUAUGAUCAAUUGUAAAACUAUUCAAAGUAUUAUUAACUCGCAAGUACCAACACAACUGAUUAUUGCA